AUGCUAAAAAAGAGUAUCCAUUUUCUUUUUAGGUGUCCAGUGUUGAAACGACUCGUCUUACCAGCUUGGAACAGAAUAAAGAAGACUGGGAUAUGUAAAGCCAUAAGGAUAUGGAAAGAUCUCGAGUCACUAACAAUGCCUAGCAUCGCAAACCCUCCUUACCUCUUAGCAGAGAUCGCCAAGAACUGCAAGAACUUCAAGGAGUUAAAGAUCAUGGGUGGUCCGUUCGAGAUCUUCUUUGCAUACACCCUCAUCACUUGCCUCCCUAACCUCAAAACGCUCAGCCUUAGAUGCUCUGCGAUAAAGAGGGAAGCACUGAUCAUAAUCCUUGACGGGAACAUAUCGCACUCGGAGUACAGUGUGUGGCAGCCGCAGCAGAGAGUGAUCGUUAGAUAGCUCGAUGAGGUGAUACUUGAGAAAGCUUCGAGGUUGAAGAGGUUCUUGAUUUGUAUGGAGCAUGAGACUUGUGUGAUGUGUCAGAGGACUGAGAAUGAUGAAGGGAUUGUGACGUGGUAUAUGUUUGAAGAAGAUGAGUGGAAGGUUGAUGAAGUGAGCUCUCUUUAUCUUUAAUGUUUUUCUUUUCUUACAGUCUUACCUGUCAAGACUUCACUACAUCUCUCAAUGUUUUGUGUGUUUCUUUUUUUUUUGAACUUAGCUUAUGUUUUGUGUGU